GCGAGCGGUUGAUCGCGCGCUCCUAGAUCGAUUCAGUCCGAGAUUGGCUGGCUGGAGGCUGCUGCAGCUGCAACCGGGUUCCGUUUCCAACUAGAUUGUUGCACAAUCGAACGGGUUCACGUUCACCGGGCGUAUACGCAACGCGUCGCAUUAACAAAUCGCGCAUACGCCUACGGAGCCGCGACCAUUGAACCGCUGGCCAGUUAUCGUACGAUUCUCGGCCGUUGACAACGCCAAAUCACAGGUGUUGCUACUAAAAUGGGCUACGACGACGUCAUCACCCACCUGGGUGAAUUUGGUCCGUAUCAGAAGCGGAUCUACUACCUCCUCUGCCUGCCAGCCAUUGUCUGCGCCUUCCACAAACUGGCUGGGGUAUUCCUCCUGGCCAAGCCCGACUUUCGAUGUGCCCUGCCCUACGAGAAUGGCAGUAGCUAUCAGUUAUCGCCCCACCUGUGGAACCUCUCGUAUCCGCAGGGCGAGGUGUGCGCCUACUACGAUGUGGAGUUCUCGGAGGAGUACCUCAAUGGCAGUCUGCCCCGGAGCACAAACAAAACCAAGAGCUGCACCAGCUACGUUUACGACCAGAGCAAGUACCUCAACAGUGCCGUCACCGAAUGGGACAUGGUGUGCAGCAGGAGUCUGCUGAGUGCCACCAGUGAUUCGCUCUUCAUGGUCGGCGUGCUCCUCGGCAGCUUCAUCUUUGGCCAGAUGUCCGAUAAGCUGGGACGCAAGCCCACCUUCUUCGCCUCCCUGGUGCUCCAGGUGAUCUUUGGCGUGCUGGCUGCGGUGGCUCCCGAGUAUGUUAGCUACACCAUUUCCCGCAUUAUUGUGGGUGCCACCACAUCCGGAGUCUUCCUGGUGGCCUAUGUCAUUGCCCUGGAGAUGGUGGGCUCCUCGUAUCGCCUCUUCGCCGGCGUGGCCAUGCAGAUGUUCUUCUCCGUGGGCUUCAUGCUCACCGCUGGCUUUGCCUACUUCAUCCACGACUGGCGCUGGCUGCAGAUUUCCCUGACGCUGCCGGGACUCCUCUUCAUUUGCUACUACUGGAUCAUUCCGGAGUCUGCCCGGUGGCUCUUGCUCAAGGGUCGCAAGGAUGAGGCCUUUGUGAUCAUCGAGAAGGCGGCCAAGGAGAACCGGGUGGAGAUACCCAAUGAGAUCUAUGAGCAGCUGGUGGACGAGGUGGCCGAAAAGAAGAAACAGGAUGAGCUGACGGCUUCCCAGCCGGCGGCCACCGUAUUCGAUCUCCUCCGGUUUCCCAAUCUUCGCCGGAAAACCCUGUUGAUCUUCUUCGAUUGGUUUGUGAACAGUGGCGUGUACUAUGGACUGUCCUGGAACACAAACAACCUCGGCGGUAAUCAACUGGUUAACUUUGUGAUCUCAGGAGGCGUUGAGAUUCCCGGCUAUGUGCUGCUCCUCUUCACCCUCAACCGCUGGGGUCGUCGCUCCAUCUUGUGCGGCACCAUGGUGGUUGCUGGGGUCAGCCUGUUGGCCACCAUCUUCGUUCCUGGUGACAUGAACUGGCUGAUCAUCGCCUGCGCCAUGAUAGGAAAGAUGGCCAUCACCGCCUCCUACGGCACAAUAUACAUCUUCUCGGCGGAACAAUUCCCGACGGUGGUGAGGAACGUGGGUCUGGGUGCCUCCUCUAUGGUGGCUCGAGUUGGUGGCAUCCUGGCGCCGUACCUCAAGUUGCUGGGCGAGAUCUGGCGACCACUGCCGCUGAUCAUCUGCGGUGCCCUGUCCCUCACCGCCGGAUUGCUGUCGCUCCUUCUGCCGGAGACUCUGAACAAACCCAUGCCGGAGACCAUCGAAGAUGGGGAGAACUUCGGCAAGAAGAAGGCGCCUCAAGAUUCCGCUGAGCUGGCCGGGAUGCUCAACGGAAAGUCCAGCUAAUUGGAGCCCGGAUUGCGAGCAAGCCAUUCGACUCGAUCCAAACUGAUGUUCUCAAUUGGCUCGCGUCCAGAUCACUUAAACGAAUUUAAGCAUUCUGCCCAUUUUCAUUCCUCUAGACAGAUUUCAAUUCAUUCCAAUUUCUCAAUUCUGUUUGUUUACCUUUACAAGCGAUUUAAUAAAAGACAAGACAAUGUAAA